GAAGGGUUUUGCUCCUUUAAGGGCUGUGUGCCAACCCCCCACAGUAGUGGAAUGCAUUUCAACCUCUAGAACAAAACACCAGUUGACAACUUUGCUGAUCUCCCAGAGGAAACCGGUGCUUUUCCUCGCAUCUCUUAACCAGGAGAUAACAUGAAGCCCAAAUCGUAUCCAUCCCGUCUGUUUGACAGGAAUUCAGCCGCAGUGUCAGGUGAAAGGGGGAACAGCUGUGCUGCGAGGUAUCAACGGCAUGUUGACUCUGUGGAUCAAGCUUGCUCCGAGGACAGCGGGCCAAACGAGAAAGCCAAAAGAGACCUAAACUUUACCUUUCGGCCAGAGAGGUAUGAGCCACUGACAGAUGACGAGGCAAAAGAAGAGAAGAAAAAAAGGAAGAAAGAAAGCUACAAGAAAGUAAAAAAGAAUGUUGGGAAGGCCCUUCGCACCACCUGGAAGUGUUUGAUGCUCGGCCUGUACAACUUUGCACUCGCUUACUCCACUCCCAUCACAGUUGCAGCGACUUUUGUCCCAGACUUUCACCCCAGCCGAGACAGGACAUAAGCUACACUCCAAGGGUCCAGCCUUCGGUCUUUUCCUGUAAAUAGUUGUAACCCUGUGAUUUGACCAAAGACUCUCUGUGUGUUUUAUAUAUUCCUGUAUUUGAAAUAACAAUAACAGCACAACUGUUUUUCUUAUUCAUAUUAUUAUUAUUGUAAAAAUCAUCCAGUUAGACCUGUUAAACUUAGGAUAGACAGAUAUGUGGUGUUUUAAAUAUAUAUAUAUAUUUAUAUUUGCCAAUUUCUAAAAAUUAUUCUAAAGAAAAAUAUAUUGGGCAAAUUUUUUUUCGCUCACCCAGUAAGGCGUAUAUGUAUCAGUCACAGUAUACAAUCCCUAACAAUAAAAUAGAGAACCUAUUCUUUUCACUUGGAAAGGUAUUCUCAUCAUUUUGUUGGAUUUUUCAUAUGUUUAGAUGAGUGUCCUGCAGCAGGACAGCAGUAGCAUCAAUUUAUAUAUUUGUGUGUCUUUGAAAGAAGUGUGGGCAAAGAUAUUUAGAAGCAGGAAAGAUUAAACGAGAAAGAGAUUAACAGUAUGUUGUAAUGGAAAAGACUGAAAUGAAUUCACUGAGAAGGAAGUGAGAAGACCUUUUUUUUCUAACUGCCUAAUAUAACUCGUCAUACAUCUGACCAAUCCUAUAUGUAAAUGAGUGAUGUUUAUUUUUAUUAUGCCAUUUUAAAACACAUUUUAGCAAGUUAGUCCUGGGUUUAUUUAAUCUGUGAAUUUGCGUGUGGCAUUGCUACACACACUACACACACCAUUUUUAGGUCAUGUCGCUAGGGUGUGCAGUGUGGGUAAAUGUUGGGAAAUAGCAAAAAAGAUGUGAUGUUUGCUCCUUAAAAAAAGAGGAUGAAAUGCAGAGAGGGCUGAACGGAAUAGUUUCUGUCUUUGCAGGUCUAGAGGAGUGGUCUGUCACCUUCACUAUUCAAAGAGACAAAUUUUUGCCCUCAAUUCAGCAAAACAAACUUGUUUGUCCUGUAAAUUUUAUAUGACGUCUUUAAAAAAGACUAAAUAUCUAAAUAUCUAUUUUUUACUAAAUAUCUAUUAUAGAAAUGUGUUGUUAUUUUUAAAGAAAUCUAUUCUAUUUUUAGGUAUUAAAACAAAUAAAAACAAAAUAAUGAUGGAAAACAGAGGAUAGACUCCAUUUUUUAUGGGAAGUUGAUAGUUGUGAAAAUGUGUGUUACAAAAAAGCACAUAGUUUUCAACCUAAUACCAAGGAAAAUAAAUCUAAUAGAACAUUACUGGUACUUUUAUUGUGAUCCUGUUGUGGAAAUGUAUUGCAGUUAUUCCAUUAAAGAAUAACCAAAACAUUAAAA